GCCGGGGAUGAGCCUCUUCGUGCCGUCGCCCAACUGCGACAGCCUGGUGGCCAUGGUGCGCAUGCGCCUGCACGCUCGCUACAGCUCGUACGCGGCCGUCGGGUAUGAGGCGCUGUACGCACGGCCGCCGGUGGUGUACGUCAGCGCCGCCUGCCGGCCGGCGGCCGUAACCGCGCUGAUGACGUCACUGGGCCUGCCCGGCGGCGCCGUGCGCCAGGUGCCGCUGAGCGCCGCCUUCGGACUGGCACACGCAAUGGACGUGGCGCAGCUGCAGCGCAUGAUGGACGAGGACGAGAGCGCGCAGAAGGUGCCGCUGCUGGUGAUGCGCACGCCAGACCUAGGUCACGUGGACAACCUGCGCCGCGUCACCGAGCUGUGCCGCGAGCGCGGCGUCUGGUGCCACGUGACUGGACCCAGCCUGGCGGCGCUGGCGCUGGCGGCCGUCGCGGCAGCCUCCGAUGGAGCUGACGCUGGGUCAUGCCGCCUCUGGACGGCGCUGCUGUCUCUGGGCCGCCGCGGUGUGGUGGAGCGGAUCCACUCUGCGCUGGCGCUUGCCGCCGCUAUCGAGUGCAGAGUGACGGCCGUCCCCAAGCUGCAGCUCCUCAGCGCCCGGCCCGGCAAGGAGGUGGCUCCGGUGGCCGACAUCGACAAACUGCUCUCCCAGUCCGUCAACUUCACGGUGGUGCUGGAGAGCCUGUCGCCCGUGGUCGUCUUCCGCUACAACAACGACGCCGUUGACGACAUGGCCUACCUGGACAACCUCAACUCUUGGGUGAGUUGCCUGCGUCCCUUGCUCGCGUUUUGCAGCAGUUCGACCUUGUUGGGAUUUGGCGAUGACACGCUGAAACGAGCCGAACAGUGCAUCUUCCCGAUGAGUCGUCACGUGAUGUAGUUAUUCCAUCGGCUUCGUUUCCUUUAAGUUGUGGAUAUGAAGCGCUGUAAGUCUUUGUUCUUUAUUGCCGACAUGACGCUCCUGUAGCCGUAAGGCCCGAUUUCCCCCGGACACGCCCACGCUUCUCAACGCUCUACUUGGCCUCGAGCUUGCUGAGGUGUCCUGCACACGCUGCUUUCCAUGCGUAAUUUUCGUUGUUCAUGGCGCAU